CUCUCUCUCUCUCUCUCUCUCAAAUCUCCAAUCCCCCUCGAAGAAAAAAAGAAAGAAAAUCCCCAAAAUAUCCAAUCUACCACAUUAAAAGAUGGCUAUGGUCGUUCUGCCCUCCUGCUCGUCCUGCUCUUCUUCUUCUUCUCUACACUCCUUCAACACCAAAACUCCUAUCUCCUUCUCCUCUUCAAACCCUACCAUCUCAUCUCUACAUUCCCAUUUCCUCAACCCUUCCUUUUCCCUCUCCCUCUCUCCUUCUCAACCCAAACCCAAACAUUCCUCUCCCAACAUCCUCACCGUCCGCAUGUCCUGGGAUGGCGCUCUCUCCUCCGUCCGAUUGAUAGUCCAAGGCAAAAAUCUCGAGCUCACGGAUGCAGUAAAACGCCACAUCGAAGAUAAGCUCGGGAAGGCCGUACAGAAGCACAGCCAACUCGUCAGAGAAGUAGACGUCCGGCUGUCCGUCCGCGGCGGUGAGAUCGGGAAAGGCCCGAAGCUCCGCAGGUGCGAGGUGACGCUGUUCACGAAGAAGCAUGGAGUGGUACGGGCAGAGGAAGAUGCAGAGACGCUUUAUGGAAGCAUAGAUCUUGUGUCAUCGAUUAUACAGAGGAAAUUGAGGAAGAUAAAGGAGAAGGAUUCUGAUCAUGGACGGCACAUGAAAGGGUUUAACCGGUUGAAGGUCCGGGAUCCAGAUCCAGUGGCUCUUGCAGUAGAGGAGGAUGAGAAUCUUGAUUUGGUUCCUCAAGAAGGGGACAGAGACGUCAUUAAUGAGAUUGUUCGCACCAAGUAUUUUGACAUGCCGCCAUUGAGUGUCAAUGAAGCCCUAGAGCAGUUGGAGAAUGUUGAUCAUGACUUCUAUGGCUUUCGAAACGAAGAAACUGGCGAGAUUAAUAUUGUGUACAAGCGGAAAGAUGGGGGGUAUGGGAUAAUAAUCCCUAAAGGCAACGGCAAAGUGGAGAAGAUUGAAAAACCGGUGGUGGAUCCAGCAAAAGAACCUUUUCUUGCAGAGUAGAUGACUGGAUGUGUAAGAUAAUUUUUGCAUGAUAGCGAAUCUAUGUGAACAUCAAAUGGAUAUAGAGCUAUGCCUUUGCAGGCUCGGUUGGAUAGGAAAUGUAUCUGAUCCCGGCGAACUAAAAAUGUAAAACAAACCCCCAUGGCCAGGUUCUCACUGCAA